UCUCUACUCUGUAUCAACAAAUCUCUGAACAACUUUUAAGCAUCUCUAUCAAGAUAAAUGUACUUACAAUAUACAUACGCGUUAAAACAUAAGCAUACAGUAAAGGGUUUUGUAUAAACUAUCAAUUGAAUUAGUGUUAAAGUCAGAAGAAGGGAUCUGAAGAGAGUGAGGCCGAGUUUUACCCAGGAUGCGCUGGCUUCUCAACACCAGUCUGUUUACAACCACGUUAACAUUAAGAGGUGCAGGAUGAGCGUGUGUGGAAUCGUCUGUUUGAGUGUCUGUAUUCUCGUGUACCGCUCCAGACUUAAUGCAUACACAACAAACCUAUUCUGAAAAGUAUUUUACAGCGCCCUGGAAAGGAUUCUUCAGUGGAAGUUGUGUGUACAAAGAAAACUGGAAUCUUAAAAGCUGGAUGUGAGGCUGCUUUGUGAGUAUGGUACAUCUCAACAGGUGUAAAGAACAGGAGGCGCUGAAGACCCAAGACUGACUAAAUGAACCUUCGUCUACAGCGUCUUCCUACGUCUUUCAAGUCUCAGUCUAAAGUAACCUUCGUCUACAGCGUCCUUCCUACGUCCUUCAAGUCUCAGUCAAAAGUAACCUUCGUCUACAGCGUCCUUCCUACGUCCUUCAAGUCUCAGUCUAAAGUAACCUUCGUCUACAGCGUCCUUCCAGGUUUCAGAUUAAAGAAACUCUCGUCUACAGCGUCCUUCCAGGUUUCAGAUUAAAGAAACCCUCGUCUACAGCGUCCUUCCAGGUUUCAGAUUAAAGAAACCCUCGUCUACAGCGUCCUUCCAGGUUUCAGAUUAAAGAAACCCUCGUCUACAGCGUCCUUCCAGGUUUCAGAUUAAAGAAACCCUCGUCUACAGCGUCCUUCUAGGUUUCAGAUUAAAGAAACCAUCGUUUACAGCGUCCUUCCUAUUACUUCUUCGGUUUUACCUACACUGUCCCGAUCACCAGCAGUGUCAACAGUCAACAUUUAACGUCCACUAGGAACAGUUAGUAGAAUCAGCAGCAGGUGAAGCAGGGAACCGCCAGUCUUCACGAAAGGCAGCAGCAGGACCUCUCAAUAUCCAGCACCAGGAAACAGGAUUCACCAGCAGGGGCAGCAGAGAGCUCUUAACAAUCACUAGCAGCAAGGAACGCUCAGCAUUCACCAGGAAGACGCUGUUUCUUUUCAGUAGAACGAUCAGAAGGGGCAGUAGGAAGCUAUCAACAUUUACCCGUAGGACAGUAUCGCUCUUCACCAGGACUACCAGCAGUCAGGAUCCUUCACAGUACACCAGGAUUACCAGCAGCGAGGAUCCUUCGCAGUAUACCAGGACUACCAUCAGUGAGGAUCCUUCACAGUACACCAGGAUUACCAGCAGCGAGGAUCCUUCGCAGUAUACCAGGACUACCAUCAGUGAGGAUCCUUCACAGUACACCAGGGGUACCAGCAGUGAGGAUUCCACACAACUGAUCAGGUCCAACACAGUGAAUCUUAGCCUCCAGUAGAAGCCCCAUCAAGAUCAGACAACCCACCCGGCAGGAACCUCUCCCCAGCAUCAUCAUCAGCUCAGCACCACACAAACCACAUCUCAAAGCCAAAAUAUCAACAACACCGGUGACACCAAGCGUACAUGCGCAAGAGAAUAAGCAAGGCAAGCGCGAGAGCGUUUUUAAAAACGGUUUCGCAGAAAAACUCGGCCCUGUCUGAGAGUCGGGGGCCAGACAAAGUCGAGACUGUACACGAAGUUGACAUUAACAAGACGAACUGGAAGAGUUAUCCCAACACCACCAAAAUUCACAUCAACAUCCCUCCGAACAUCAUGAAUAACACAGAAGGGAGUAACAAUGGCGACGCUGGAUUCUGUGCCUGGGAUCCCAACGCGGCCAGACUCCUCAAGAUGGUCGACACUGAGAACCUGGAGGGGCUGCAGUCGCUGCUGGAGGGAGGAAUCCACGUUAAUGGUCACGGUGGGUCGUUCCACGAGACUGCACUGCAUCGUGCAGCACAAGUGCGCUGGGCUACAGGAGUACGUUACUUACUCUCAGCCGGAGCUUCUGUGUAUGCAAAGAACCAGUUCGGACAGACACCUCUGCACUACGCAGCCGCCUCGAAGUCAUCAGCUUGUAUUAAGUUACUUCUGGAGUCUGGGCGACCUGGUGUGUUAGACCACCGGGAUAUGAGAGGACACACGCCCCUGCAUGAUGCUUCCGCCUCAGGCUGCGUCAAUGCCAUUACUGUGCUUCUGAAGGCAGGGGCUCUUGUCCGUGCUAAGGACGGCAAUGGUGAGACGCCGCUACACAAGGCAGCCAGAGGACAGUCCAUUCCUGCCAUGUUGGCGCUCCUCAACGCUGGAGCUGACAUGUCAGCGUGUGAUAAUAAUGGUGAGUCCGUGCUCUCCUACACUCUCCACCACUUCCCUGGCACCAUGGAUGCUGUCUUUGAUUACUGCCUCGUCACUAACUCCACAAAAAUGAACACCAAGACGUUAGAGGUAACUAUGAACUUCCUGCCAUUAACCUCCUCCGAGGAUAAAAACCAAGUUCAGAAUUUACAAUCAUUCGUAGGUCUAGGCCACGCCAAGCUCUUGAGUCACCCGCUGUGCGAGGCAUUCCUCCUCCUGAAAUGGAUGAACGUCCGUAGACUCUUCCUGAUUGAGGUUGUUUUGUACUUAUUUUUUGCAGUGGUCACUACUAUCCUCACAUUUAACAAGUUUGUCUGGGCAAAGAACGAGAUCAAUUCGUCUACGCCCGUAGAAGAUACUGGGCAGGAGGUGCAGUUACACAACGCGACUGACCUUUGUGGUAUCCGUCCUCUGCCACCCCAGGCUGUAAAGGCCCUGGAAGGAAUUGUAAUCACUUACUUGGUGGCGAUUCUCAUCCAACAGUUCUUUUCGUUACUACAGAACAAAUUGGGGUGGUUUCGGUCUCUGUCUGGCGUACUGCACGUGAUCAUCACAAUACUAGUGAUGAGUGUAGUGCUACCAUCUGUGCUACAUGAGUGGCAGCACCACUUGGCCUCCUGGCUCAUGCUUCUCAUGUGGACUGAAUGUAUGUUGCUCAUCGGACGCUUCCCCAACUGCGGCAUCUAUGUGGUCAUGUUUACCAGGGUGGCUAAGGUGUUCCUGCGUAUCUUUCUCAUUUACUUCUGCCUGCUGCUGGCCUUCUCCGCCGCCUUCUACGUGGCGCUCCACUACUCUAAGGACAAGACGGAUCAAUGCAACACGAGUCCGGUGUUUAAUAAUCCACUACUCACCUUUAUCAAGAUCAUCACCAUGAUGAUCGGAGAGCUGGACUUCAGUGAUACCAUUGUGACAGGGCUCAACAACCUGCUCUUCACAGGACACGCCAUCUUCCUCCUCUUCGUCAUCCUCGUCUCCAUUAUCCUCUCCAACCUGCUUGUUGCCCUCGCUGUCAAUGACGUGCAGGGUCUGCGGAACUCUGCCCACCUGGAGAGGUUGAUCAAACAGACGGAACUUGUCUUCCACAUGGAGAAGAACUUCUCCACCGCAGCCUAUAUCGCUAGUUACGUAAAGAUCCCCAAGAUGUGCCACAUGUUAAUGAAGAUAGCAAAUGUGUGCAACUAUGACUGCUACAACACUCGCGUCUACAUUCUUCCCAACAAUCCCAAAAAGUCUAACAAGUUGUUCAUCAUUGAAAACAAGAAAUACAAAGAAGCAACUCUUCCUUCACAUCUUCUGGCAAAUGUGAACCAGUGUUUGAGAACACGAGAGACAGAAGCAAGUGACAACAAGAGCAGCACUCGCACGAAGAGAGGUAGCAGGAUACGCAGAGGAGAAUACCAUCGCAACACUGACGAGGAUAUAAAGUCUAAUCUCAAGGAACUAGAGGCCAACAUGAUCGAAAUAGUGAGCGAGAAAAUGGAAGACAUGGCAGAGUCGUAUACCUCAUUGAAUAAACGUAUCACAGCCUUAGAGGAGAAGCUGGAUAAAGUUGUGAACUUAUUGAUGGAGAAUGUUGAUGUUACCCCUGCAGACACGAGUCCCAGCAGUGGUGAAGGUACCUGAGAAUGCUAGUGCCAUGUCACAGCGCCAAGGAUUUACAUACUCUUGUUAGUCAUAGUUAAAACAAACAUUAGUGAAAACCACAGGAUUCAUUCAAAGUAUGAAAAAUUGAAAUUUGCCAUGUUUACAUGCAUCCUACUGGGGUCCUAAAUGUUUACAUGCAUCCUACUGGGGUCCUUAAUGUUCACAUGCAUCUUACUGGGGUCCUAAAUGUUUACAUGCAUCCUACUGAGGCUUCUAAGCACAUUCAGGUACUAAGAAUAUCUUAUAUAACAGAUGGUAACUUAUUUAAUGCAAUUAUAAUACAAUAAAUCACAUAGUGAAGAGUAAUGGGAUGGAUCCAGGUCUUACUAGAAGGUGAUCAUAUAAAAUUUACAUACCAAAAUAAAAUUAGUCAAGAUUUAGAACUCGAUUCAGUUAAAAAAAACUGAGGCAGACUUGAACAGUGAUUAAUACUGAUGAUUCAGGUGACUGACUGAAGAAUACUGGUUCAAAAUUAGCUUAAUGCACCAGAUGUACUGGAUUGAUGAUGUUUUGUUGGUCAGGAAAACUGGUUAUGUUUUCACCUUAGGUUAAGAUUCGCCAGUAAACUGGACAAGUGUUUCCUGACGUGGGUCUUAGUCAUAUGAUGACCCACCACUGGAGCUUGUGGUCAUCUGACAGAGGCCUUCCGCUUGUUAUACUCGACGCUGGUCUUAUACCACGACCUAUUCCAUAAAGCGUUGAACUGUGGCCGUCCUCUGUAUACUACAUGCUGACUGUAUCAGUUACAAUACAUGGGUCUGAGGAGCUCAACUCGGCAGUGAUUAGGUUUAAAACAAAAUGAAUUUUAAUAAGAUUGCAAAUAUAGUCUUAGGACAUGUGGCAUAAUGCAAUAUUUUGAUCCUAAAGUUCAAAAUUAUUGUUUCACAUCAAUGUGGAACAACAUAAUGAGACAUAACGAGCUGUAUAUACUUCUGAUUACUGAUAAAUAACUGAAAAUGAAGCAGUAUUAGAUUUUUCUCACUAGUUUAAAUACUGAACACACACACACACACACACACACACACACACACACACACACACACACACACACACACACACACACACACACACACACACACACACACACACACACACACACACAUACACAUGUAUACUAUGUAGAAUAUAUUAAUUUUAGUGCUCAAGUGUUUUGUAUAUAUGGAGUUAACCUUUUCAUGCACAUGGAGUGUAAAUAUCUGUACUGUGAUAACCAAGUGUUGUAUAUGCAUCUCUGUGUUGUCUUCCCAGGGAAAUAUUUUUUAAAUUGUGCCUUAAGAAAUUAAGGAAAAUCUAGAGUAAUUUAAUUUAAAGACAAUGUGCCUUAAGAAAAACUUAAGUGAUGAGCUCAAGACAACGAUGCCUUCAGCAGAAAGUUUUGUUAUACUCGAAAAAUAUGUUAAGAACUUCAAAGUUUUGUUAAAUUUGAAUUAACUGAGUUUAUAAUUAAGCUUGUGAUGACAGAGCCUUUAGAUGCAAAAAUAUUAUUUACAAAGACAACACUAAUUUAUAUAUAUAUAUAUAUAUAUAUAUAUAUAUAUAUAUAUAUAUAUAUAUAUAUAUAUAUAUAUAUAUAUAUAUAUAUAUAUAUAUAUAUAUAUAUAUAUAAUAGUGCUGAAGCUGUGACAGUUUAUGUAUCUGUGUGGGAGCCUCACCCAAGUGCAGGCAGCAACACAAGUUAAUGAACAGGUGUUUCUCAAGAACUUAUACACUUAUACACUGUGAGGCGUUUGUCUCUCAGUGUAUAUAUACUGAGAAGUGCCUCUCAGUGUAUAUAUACUGAGAAGUGCAUGUCUCAGUGACUGUACACUGAGAGGAGUAUGUCUCUCAGUGUACAGUGCAUGUCUCAGUGAAUGUACACUGAGACGAAUACCUCACAGUGUAUAUAUAAGUUGUGUUGCAACACAACUAUCAUCAAAGAUUUGUUAAGUUAUACCAUGAAUUAAGGAAAGGUCCUGGACUUCACCUUACGAAACAGACAAAACAAAUGUGAUAGUAAUCAUGGACAAAGUAGAUUACAGUUGAAAAAUGAACAUGGGUAACACGAGACUUCAGCCUUACAGCGCUAGGCAGUGUGUUAAAGUAUGAUAUAAACCUUGGUAACAGAUACCCACAAAUUGAUUUAGAAAGACAGGUAAGCGAACACUAGGACAUAUUAGAAAACGUUUCGGUCCUGGGACCUUGAUCACUUCUAGGUCCCAGGACCGAAACGUUUUCCAAUAAAUAUAGCCUAGUGUUUGGUUACAUGUCUUUCUAAACCAGUUUGUUAAAGCAUUAUGACCCACCUCUGGCGGCCAUCUUGGCUCUGCCACGCCAUGUUUGCUGAUUCCUAUGGAACACAGAUGCCAAAACCAUUGCGAGAUUGAAAAAGAAUGACAAAACUGAAAAGUAGAAUUUUAGAUAAAGAUAAAAACAAUUAGAGGGCAUCUUCGCCUUGUGUAUGACAUACGGAAGUCCAGAAAAUAUUGUGAAAUUUAAAAACAAAAUGAAAACGAAAUUUUUAGGUCAAAAUGCGAAAAAUACAGACAUGAAUAUCGUGUACUGGAAAUUUUAGAGAUAAGUGGACGCGAUCUCGUAUAUAUUUUUGUGACUCACGAAAUCGUAAUGACACGAUUGCAAACAAACCAUACCACGGAUGGGGUUAGAACCCGCGAUCAGAGUCAUAAAACUCCAGAUUAAUGUGUCGGUCUGGAGUUUAACGACUCUCUGAUCGCGGGUUCUAACCCCUCCCGUGGUAUGGCUCGUUUACAUUUUUGUGAAUAUAUUUAAGAGUGAUCUUGAGGGAUGCAAGCGGUGGUGUACUCAGGGGUCGAUUCAUAGCUCCUGGCCCUUGAGUUACCUCAAGAUACACCUGUGAUAUAUGAAGGAUUCUCACAACAUUCACGCACUACAUGUGAUAAGAAUGUUAUAAUGGAAGAAGAGGAUGUAGUAACUAAUGUUAAGCAUCGUGUGAUGUGGAUGAAGUUUGUGAUAAAUGUUUGUGAACCUUAAUGAUUCUCUUCCCAGAAGAAUAAAAGUGACGAUACUGUUACUAAAAUAAUUCAGAUCUAUGUUAGGUAAAAAGACACAUUUAUCUCCUCCAUAUUGUGAUUUAGAUAUGAAUUGUAAUAAUGUUGGUAGAUUUACCGGCAAUAUGUUGGGUAAAAGGACACAAGUGCAAUUAAUGUGGCAUUUUAUUGUGGCAACGUUUCGCCCUCCAGGAGCUUUGUCAACGUUCUUACUGCUAAGUGAACGGGAACAGCGGGUGGAAGGUGGCUAGCACCCAGGUACCUGCUUACUGCUAGGUGAACAGGGACAGCAGGUGUAAGGUGACUAACACCCAGGUACCUACUCACUGCUAGGUGAACAGGGACAGCAGGUGUAAGGUGACUAACACCCAGGUACCUACUCACUGCUAGGUGAACAGGGACAGCAGGUUUAAGGUGACUAACACCCAGGUACCUACUCACUGCUAGGUGAACAGAGACAGCAGGUUUAAGGUGACUAACACCCAGAUACCUACUCACUGCUAGGUGAACAGGGACAGCAGGUUUAAGGUGACUAACACCCAGAUACCUACUCACUGCUAGGUGAACAGGAACAGCAAGUGUAAGAAAACCCGUGCUGGGGAUCGAUCCCUGGUUCCCUCAGUGCAAGUCGAGGACGCUACCAACCAACCCACGAACACCCACAUGACUUACUAACUCUAGUAAGGUGCUCACAGGUGUGGGUGGUCAACCAGACCUGUAACAAUCACGUCAGUAAUUGUUCCUACAUAUAUUUCUCAUUAUCAACAAUAAAAGUCUUAUUACAAUGA